AUGAUGCGUUUUUUACCUCAAACUAACAGACUACUCCUCCCAAGUACAUCCUCAACAGCUUGCGGUGUUAACCAACUUAGAAUGACGAGUGGAAGUGCUGUAACAUCAUCGUCUGUCUCUCGUUACGAAGAAGCUGUUCGUCUCCUCAAUAGUCUACAGUCAAAUGCAGCGACGAUCAAGAAACUAAGAGGACAAAGAGAGAAUCUGCAGGCGAUGAAUCUUCCACAAUGCCGAAAAUAUCUCGAAUCAUUGAAGAUUUUUGAUAAUGACCUGAAUGCGUUGAAUAUAAUCCAUGUGAGCGGUACUAAGGGUAAAGGGAGCACUUGUGCUUAUGCGGAAGCCAUUCUGAGACACCAGGGACUCAAAACUGGACUUUACACUUCGCCACAUCUGGUUCAUGUAAGAGAAAGGAUUCGAAUUGAUGGAGAUCCAGUGGAUGAGAAGACGUUUGCAGAGGAGUUCUUCCAUGUAUACGACAUCAUCAAGAAGGAGCACAGUGAGAACAUGCCGGCCUAUUUCAAAUUCUUGACUCUUCUGGCUUUUCGAAUUUUCAUAAAAAUGAAUGUUCAAGUUGUGAUUCUCGAAGUGGGAAUUGGAGGAGAGUAUGAUUGUACGAAUGUGAUUGAACAACCAAAAGUUUGUGGAGUCACUACUCUCGACUACGAUCAUAUCUCUAUACUCGGCUCGAAGCUAUCGGAAAUCGCGUGGCACAAAGCGGGAAUUUUCAAGAAAGGCGUGCCGGCAAUCUACUCGCCAACGACUCCGGAAGCUGAAGAGGUUCUACUAUCUCGAGCAACUGACAAGUCGACCUCAAUCUACGAAGCUCCACCUGUAUCCGCCUAUCAUUUCGCUCGUCAGAUAUCACCUGGAAUCAGUGGCAUCCAUCAAUUUUCUAACAUUUCGCUGGCUCUUCAACUCGUUCGUGUAUGGUCAGAGAAGUGUGAAUUUGCGUUGUCGGGGAUUGAAAAAAGAGAAAUUACUGGAAAAGGGUUCGAUGUUCCCUUGUGGAUGUGUGAUGCCAUAGAAUCGUGUCGUUGGCCGGGAAGAAGUCAAGUAGUGACUACUGAUGGAAACAUCACGUAUCUUCUUGAUGGAGCACAUACUCCGAAAAGUAUGGAGGCAUGUUCAGAAUGGGCUGCCGAAGAAAUUGCUCAUUUGAAGAAGGAAAAGGUUAAGAAGAUUCUACUAUUCCAAUGUACAGCUGAUAGAUGUCCAUCUACAUUGAUUCAGUAUUUAAAGCCCCUUGGGAUCUCUCAAAUUGUCUCUUGUCCAACCCAACUCUACUCAAGCGUUGAUAAAUCAGCCGACUCCACAAAUUUGAACGCUUCUAAAGAUGAGCAAAUGGACAAGGCUCAGCAAUGUGUAAAGUCUUGGAAAGAGUCAAUGGAUCACAAAGUUUCUGAAGAUCAAAUGAAGGUUUUCGAUUGCAUAUCCACUGCUUUUGAAUUCAUAGAAGAGCAGGCUUCAUCUCAAGAGGUCCUUGUUAUAGUCACUGGAAGUCUUCAUCUUGUUGGCGGUGUCCUUAACUUAAUUUCUAAUAAAACUCAUAAAAAAAUGCUGCGACAAUGGUGGCUUCGUGGAGCUACAGCAUGCUCCCAAUUCUCCCGAGCACACUCCGGAUGCAUUACAUCUUCUAAACCGAAAAGAUCGAUUCCUGAAGACGGUCUCCAGUUAUCCGAUUUCAUCAAAGAAGGAACAAAAAAGCAGCGAAUGAAACAGAUCAUUCCAUCUAUAGAAGACACAAAAGAAUAUCUAAAUCCAGAAGACUUGAAAGGAAACGGAAGAACAGUUUGCUAUGUGACUUACGGUUGUCAAAUGAAUGUUAGUGAUAUGGAAAUCGUGCGGUCUAUCAUGACACAGUAUGGGUUUGUGGAGAGUGAGAAAAAGGAAAAAGCAGAUGUCGUUCUUUUGAUGACGUGCUCGAUUCGAGAUGGAGCAGAGAAAAAAGUUUGGAAUCACUUGAAAUUGAUUAGGUCGAAUUCGGUGAAUAAGUCGCAGAUUGUCGGAGUUCUGGGUUGUAUGGCUGAAAGGGUGCGGCACGACUUAUUGGCAAAACGGAAUUUGGUGAACAUUGUCGCCGGUCCCGAUUCCUACCGUGAUCUUCCUCGCCUGGUUGCAAUCGCCGCUGGUGGCUCCAACGCCAUCAAUGUUCAGCUGUCUCUUGAUGAAACGUAUGCAGAUGUGCAACCGAUUCGUGUCGAUGCUGCCACAAAAACUGCUUUCAUCUCCAUCAUGCGUGGAUGCGAUAACAUGUGCACCUACUGCGUCGUUCCAUUCACCAGAGGACGUGAACGAAGUCGUCCCAUCGAAUCGAUCGUUGAGGAAGUUCGCCGGUUAAGAGACGACGGAUACAAACAGAUCACCCUUCUCGGCCAGAAUGUGAAUAGCUAUCGAGACUUGACGAUUUCUCCAUCGACGUCUUCAGAAGAUAGGGUCCCUGGAUUCAAGACUGUCUAUAAACCGAAAACCGGCGGCUUAACAUUCACAAGUCUCCUCGAACAAGUUGCCGAUGCUGCUCCAGAAGUUCGAUUCCGUUUCACAUCACCUCAUCCAAAAGACUUUCCAAUGCAGUUGAUCGAAUUGAUCGCAUCUCGUCCGAAUCUGUGCAAACAGCUACAUCUUCCAGCACAAAGUGGAGACGAUGACACGUUGGAACGAAUGGGCAGAGGAUAUACAAGGGAUUUGUACCUUCGAUUAGUGGAUGAUAUUCGAAAGAUUCUACCAAACGUCUUCCUGACUAGCGACUUCAUUGCGGGAUUCUGUGGAGAAACUGAGCAAGCUCAUCAGAUGACACUUUCAUUGAUUCGACAAGUCGGCUACUCGUUCUGCUUUGUGUUCCCGUAUAGUAUGAGAGGGAAGACUCGAGCACACCACCGACUAGCAGAUGACGUUCCAGAAGAGGUGAAAGCACAGCGACAUCUUGAUUUGACGACAGUGUUCCGAGAAGAAGCUCUCAAACUUAAUCAGACACUUAUUGGAACAGAGCAGAUUGUUUUACGGGAAGGAGUGAGUCAAAAUACAUCGCGGAGAGAUGCAACUUUUUCAUAUGGAAGGAUCGAUGGUGGUGUCAAAACAGUGUUCCCAAACCCAGAAGACAUUGUGAAACCGGGACAAUAUGCCAAAGUUUUGAUCACCGAAGCAAAUUCGCAAACGUUAAGAGCGCAACUGAUUGGAGAAGCGAAUAUCUGA